AUGGAUGCCUCAAAUUCAGUGUUGCAUAACCUUCUAGAUUGUCCUGUGUGCAUGAACACAAUGUUCCCUCCAAUCCGCCAAUGUUCUAAUGGCCAUGCUUUAUGCUCGAAUUGCAAGUCUAGAGUUAAUCGUUGCCCAAUAUGCCGCGAUGAGUUAGGAAACAUACGAUGUUUGGGUUUGGAGAAGUUGGGAGAAUCACUAGAAUGGCCAUGCAAGUACCUAAAUGUUGGCUGUCGAGACUUGCUCCCUUACAGCAAUGUCAUCAAUCAUGAACUCACUUGCAAGUUUAGACCUUACAAUUGCCCCGCUGUUGGAGUUGCAUGUCCUAUAACUGGUGAUGUUUCAUUCUUAGUCAAUCAUCUCAAGAAUGAUCACCAUGUUAAUGUAUUCAAUAGUUGGACCUUCAACAACCUUUAUACCGAAUCAGAUCCAGAAGAAGUUCUCAACAAUUCAUGGAAGAUUGCUGUGUAUGACUGUUUUGGCUACCAAUUCAGCUUGUGUUUCGAGGUAUUUAUGUGGGGUAGCUCUCAGGUUUAUAUAGCAUACAUGCGCUUCAUGGGUGAACCAGAGGAUGCAAAAAGGUUUGGUUAUCGCUUGGAAGUUUGUAGCUCGGGAAAAUCCCUGUCGUGGAGAAGCAUUCCGAGGAGUAUCCGUGAACCCAGCAUAAGAGUUCGAGAGAGUUUGGAUGGACUGAUUAUCCGUCGAGACUUGGCUCUCUUUUUUUCUGAUGGGGAUAAGAAGCAGUUGAAACUAGCCAUAUCUGGCUAUAUUUGUUCUAUUACAACCUAA